UGUGACGUAGCGCGUUGCGUAGCGCAUCAGCCGCUGCGUCGCGCGUCGUGGGGAUGGAGCCCGCAUCGCAGCUGCUGUAACCGCUGAACAGGCCUCCACCCUGGACGCGGAGGAUCGCGCCAUGAUGUCCUACUACCACCCAGCCAAGGACGCGGACAUGGCGGCGCUGGCGGAGCCGCUGUGCCUGGAGAGAGAUGUGUGCAGGGUGAUCGAGCUGCUGGACCGGCUGCAGCGGAGCGGAGAGCUUCCUCCCCCCAAACUUCAGGCCCUGCAGAGAGUUCUGCAGAGCAAGUUCUGUGCUGCCAUCAGAGAGGUUUAUGAGCAGCUGUAUGACACUCUGGACAUCGUCGGAGGACCGGAGGUGCGAGCGCAGGCAACUGCCAAGGCCACGGUGGCGGCCUUUGCAGCCAGCGAGGGCCACGCACACCCGAGGGUGGUGGAGCUGCCAAAGACAGAAGAGGGUCUGGGCUUCAACAUCAUGGGGGGCAAAGAGCAAAACUCCCCCAUCUACAUCUCCAGAGUGAUCCCGGGGGGGGUGGCCGACCGCCAGGGAGGCCUGAAGAGAGGAGACCAGCUGCUGUCCGUCAACGGAGUGAGCGUGGAGGGGGAGCACCACGAGAAGGCCGUGGAGCUGCUGAAAGCCGCCCAGGGUUCGGUCAAGCUGGUGGUCCGCUACACCCCUAAAGUCCUGGAGGAAAUGGAGGCUCGCUUUGAAAAGAUGAGGAGCGCCCGAAGACGACAGCAGCACACCAGCUACUCAUCUCUGGAGUCCAGGGGCUAGCUGAUCCACGGCCUCCAUCAACCUUAUCCUCAAACCCUCCUGACUCCCAUGUUCUAGCUGUAGGCAAGACCGUAGAUGAGAAGUGAAAAAAGAGAGUAGCCUGCUUCAUGUUCAGGAUGUUCCUCCCUCCCCUCUUGCCCCAUUUCUUCGAGUAGUACAGAGUGAGCUUGUUAGACAACAUCUGUAAUACCUCGUCUUCAGUGUAAAACCAUCCUCCGCAUGUUAUUAUUAGUUAUUAUUGUUAGUGUGGGCUCAACUAGUCUGCUCUCCUCAGCAGGGUCCCGUGUGCAGGUCCACCUCCGUAGCACAGGAAGCGUGUUGAAACGGACAGUUGUCCAUCACAUGUCCAUUAGCAGUAUGAAGAACUACCCUGGACUCUGCUAGUGUCAUCUCAGUUAUGAGGAUUAAAAAAUAUCAUUCAUUCGUGUAUUCAUUGACUUGCAUAAUUAUUUAUGAAAUAAAGUCUGUUAAAUGAAGUCAA